AUGCCUAGGGAUGACCCUAUUGUUGAAGAGGAACGGCGAGCGCACACUGCGACGGAUCUCAUAAGAAUGCGCCUCGAAAGGUUGCAACAGAACAUUCAUAAACCGGCCCCUUUACCUGCGCGUCGCUCAGAUUUGAAAGCUCCACGUCCACCUCCAGAAUUCGUUAGAAAUGUUGUUGGAUCGUCAGCUGCUGCUGGAAGUGCCGAGUACCACAUCUAUCGUAUCAAUCGCAAAAAGGAGCAAAAUCGCUUGGACUACAUAGCAAAAGUAGCAGAAAAGGAAGAACUCGAUGAGGAGUACAGAAUUCAUAAGGAAGAGAUAGAACGUCUUGAAGCAGAACGCACAGCUAAGAAAAGGGCGAAACGGCAGAGGCGGAAGGAUGCGGCGAAACGAAAGAAAAUGGUGAAAAAAGAGGAGAACGAAGAAGAAAGCAGUGAGGAAAGUUCAGACGAUAGUGAUGAAGGCGAUGAGGACUGUCUUCAAAAUGAAAAGCAGAAGUGUCCCGUGGAAGGUGAACCUCAGCAGAAUAACCAAAUCAAAACUGAUAGUUCGGAAAUCGACGCCCUGCAGGAGUCUCGUGAGGACAUCGUGAAGAAUGAAGAAAGCUCACAAUGA